UAUAUUCAGUGUGGAUGACUGUACAUUUUAGAGUUGCUGAAAGUUUCUCAACAGAGUCCAAAAUGGGUAAGAGGAAAGGAACAGAAGAUGUGGAAGCUGAAGUGGAGGAUAGUAAGAAAGGUAAGCUGGAUCCUUCAAGUGAAAAGACAAUGGAAGAAAGACCCCAUGAGUCUGCAAGUACAAGUGAAACACUUGAAGUUGAAACAUCGGAUCCAAAAGAACUUAAAUACUACCAGAUUAUAGUUACUGGCCCUGUAGGAUGUGGCAAAUCGUGGUUAGUGUUGUCCUAUUUGAAGGAGAAAUUUCCACCGAGUCAAGUUGAAUUCCUAUCUAAGCAAUAUCAUCAUAUCCUUCCGUCGAGUAACGAAACUGUAAUAAUUUGGGAUCUAGAUUCACGUGCUGAAUUCGCAGGGUACCGUCGACAAUCGUAUCAAGAGGCUGAUAUUGCUCUUCUCUGCUUUGACAUAAAAAAGGGGUCGAUGGAACAAAAAGAGGGUCUAUUGGGAAAGUUGCUUCAACCAUGGAUCUCUGAACUCGACGAACACUGCAGAAACACCCCAAUUAUCCUCGUUGGUCUGAAGGGAGAUUUAAGAAUAAAACCAAAUGAGAAUGUUUUUAGUGAGGCAGAAAUAAAAACGGCUAUGAGAAGAUACCCGAGAAUUAAGUAUUACAGGGAAGUUUCUGCUCGCACGGAUAGGAAUGGUGUGGAGGAGUUAUUUAAAGAAGCAAUAUCUUCCAUAGCUGCACAGAAACCUAAAGUAAUGUUUACCCAAAGUGGUUUUGAAAUUCCCGGCUGUCGUUGGUUAAUAUAAAUAGACAAAACUAGACAUUUCCCGAAGCAUUUUGAGAUGUUUAUUUUGUUUCUAAUAAGAAUAUCGAUUGUUUUCUUGAUAUAUUAAGGUGAUAUUUAGAAGCGGGUUUUUUAAAUUAUUUAAAUAUUGAACUUAUUACUUAACAAGUUUUAAAUAUUGAUAUUUUUGAGUCCCAGCAAUUAAUAGAAACAGGUUUAAAAGCGAUUGUAAUUUGAUAAAUAAUUCUUAAUCCUAAGGAUGUACUGUAAAUAUCUGAAUAUUUUGCUAUCUAAAAUUUACUUCAAUAAAUGUUCAUUGAUGAUUCCAAGGGUAUUCUUUAUUUAAGAGUGAAUAUUUUUUCGAAUUUAGUUUCUCGGAAAGGGUUCUCGAGUAACAAGUUUCCUUUACAAUCAUUGCCUCGGAAAUGUUCGAACUAUUAAAAAAAAAUAUAUAUAUAAAUGACCCAGAAGGAUCGAUUGUAAUGAAUAUCAAAUAUGUACAUUACGAAAAUGAAUUUGACACUUUUAAUAAGAUGCAUAACAGAUACCGAGCAAUUGUAUUUAAAUACAGCAGCAUCCACUAUAAAAAAAAAAAUGAUCCGGUUACUUGGUUAUAUGGAGAUUGCGAGCAUGAUAUGAAAGAAUCACUUUGGAACUCUGUAUCAUUGUCGAUGUUUAAUAUAUAUAUAUAUGUAGACUUGAUGCAAGUUAAGUUUGAUGUUGUGGCUUCACCGAGAUGAAUAAUAUGGUUUCAUAGUAUUCUUCUAACCAGAUUCAGAAAUGAGAGAUUAAUUCAGUAAUGGCUGAGUUUAUUUUUAAUACAGAAUAUAAAGCUGAGCAAGAGAAGCGGGAAAACUC